AAAAAUUAAAUUUAUUAAAAAAUUAAAAAAUAAAAAUGCUAACAUCCACAUUACGCCAAAUUAUUUUAUCUAAAUCCAUCCGCCACUCUAUAACAGCAUUAAAUCCUUUAAUACUAACAACUUCUGCAGCCCGUUCCUAUGGCUGUAUGGUACACGCUGAUACCGUCCCUAUUGUUUUAACUGAUGGGAAUGCAGCAGAUUUGUUGAGUACUGCUACACCUGCCGUUGGCCUGACCUAUGGUCCAGAUGGUCAUGUAGAAUCCCCAGUCAGUCAAUCAGUUGUUGCUAGAAGUGGAAAUAAAUCUGCCUUCAACCACCGUGAAGAAUUGAAAAAUGCCCAAAGAAUUGUUGUAAAAAUGGGAAGUGCUGUAAUUACUAGAGAUGAUGAAUGUGGGUUGGCUUUGGGAAGAUUGGCAAGUAUUGUUGAACAGGUCUCUGAACUUCAACAAAGUGGCCGUCAAAUGCUUAUUGUCUCCUCUGGAGCUGUUGCUUUCGGAAGACAAAAACUGCGCCAAGAAUUGGUUAUGUCAAUGUCCAUGAGACAAACACUUCGAGGCCCAGCUGGAAUGCAGACAGACAAAAGAGCAUGCGCAGCUAGCGGGAUGCCUGGACUGAUGAGUUUGUAUGAACAAUUAUUUCAACAAUAUGGAAUUACUGUAGCGCAGGUGUUGCUAACAAAGCCAGAUAUAGACGACCCUCAACGCAGACGUAACCUACAGGCAACGAUUGAAAGCCUACUCCGUCUCAAUAUAAUUCCAAUAGUUAAUGCAAAUGAUGCUGUAGCACCUGAUCCUAAGCUUAAUAUGCACAUAAGCGACAACGAUUCUUUAGCUAGCCGUCUUGCUGGCGAAAUCAGUGCUGACCUCUUAAUUAUUCUAAGCAACGUUAAUGGUGUCUAUAGCGGCCCACCAGAACAAGAAGGCUCUCGUCUUCUCAACUUUUAUUGCCCAACAGAGUCUAGCUCGGUAACCUUUGGUUCAAAUUCAAAAUAUGGAACUGGAGGAAUGGAGGCCAAAGUGCAAGCAUGUGUAAAAGCAUUGGAACAUGGUGUUGCUACAGUUAUCACUAAUGGAUUACUAAACAAUGCUAUAACUUCUGUAGUUUAUGGAAAGAAAGUUGGAACGAUGUUUUGUAGUGAUUCGUUACAGGAAGGCACUCCUGUUGAACAAAUUGCUGCUAAAGCGAAAGAGAGUGGCCGUCUACUUGCUAACAUUUCCAACGAGGACCGUGCAAAAAUGGUUCGACACAUGGCCGAUUUACUUUUAGCACGUGAAGGGGACAUCAUAGAAGCUAAUAGGGCAGAUCUCCACAACGCUACAGCUGAAGAGUUGGAACCAGCACUUUUGGAUAGAUUGAAAAUAACAAAAGGAAAAUUAAUGGAUUUACAUGCAGGAUUGAACCAAAUAGCAGAUUCUGCACGUUUUUUAAUUGGGAGGGUUUUGAGAAGAACUAAGCUGGCAGAACAGCUAUAUUUGGAGCAAACAACGGUCCCUAUCGGCUCACUCCUUGUCAUCUUCGAAUCAAGACCAGAUUGUCUCCCACAAGUUGCCGGUCUUUCAAUGGCUUCAGGAAAUUCUUUAUUGCUUAAAGGUGGUCGUGAAGCUGAAGAAACAAAUAAAUUGUUACAUUCCUUGGUACAAGAAGCUUUGGGAACGCAGGGUUAUGAAUUGAGGGAUGCCGUUACUUUGGUUAGAUCAAGAGAAGAUGUUGCUGAACUUUUGCAGCUUAGAGGUGUUUUAUUAUUACUUAAUAUUAUAAGAAAUAAAAGAUGUAACAGUUGCAUGGGAUGGGGGUCAUUACAAGUGGAGAUGGAAUUAAUCGACUUGGUAAUUCCUCGAGGUUCAUCAGACCUAGUCAGAAAAAUGCAAGAAUUGAGCAAAGGAAUCCCCGUUCUUGGGCAUGCUGAGGGUAUUUGCCAUGUUUUUGUUGACAGAAAUUGUGAUGAAAAGAUGGCUUUGGAUAUUGUUAGGGAUUCUAAAUGUGAUUAUCCUGCUGCCUGUAAUGCUGUAGAAACUAUUUUGGUCCAUAGAGAUCAUAUUAACACUCCCUUCUUUGACAGUGUUUGUUUUUUAAAUAUCAAAAUGAAAUCUAGAAAUAUACAUAAUUGUUGGUUCUUGUAGAAUCUCGGAUAUUCGGAAUCGGAUUGAAGAGCCGAACUUUCCGCCAACCCAAGUUCUUGAAUAAGACCCUAGGGAGGGUUAGUGGCUGCCACGGAUGGGUCUGCUUUCAAGCUAUCACUCGAAACCUCUUUUUAAUAAUUUUGAAA